UAUUUAAAGAUAUUAUAAUGACAAAUGAGGUGCCAGAUCCAACCUGGAAAUUACUAAUUAAGAGUUAUGAUUAUGAGUUUCAGAUGCUCUAUAGGGUUACGAUCAUUUUAAUUAGUUUGGUUUGAUUUGGAUUAACCUGGGUCCCUGCCAGUGAGUGAGUGGGUGUCUGAACAAAGAAAAUAUCUGGACUUUGUUCAGGGCACAUUGUUGACUUCAGACUGAAACUGAAAAAGGAAGUCAAAGUGUUGCCUAUAAAAUCAUCUUCUCCUCCUUGUUCCAGAGUCACUCUUUCCAGAGCCACAUAAGCAAAGCAAUGGGAUCAAGUCAGUCUAAAGCUCCUUCAGUGUCACCUCCUCCACCACUCUUAGAGCAGCCAUGGAGGGAGGUGUCAGAGAAGUACAAGGACAAUCUUACCAACCUGAAAACAAACAGGUCAAAUAUCUCAGGAUUCUGCUUCAUGGACCAGUUGGUGCUGGAAAGUCGAGCUUCAUCAACUCUGUCGACAGCGUUUUAAAAGGCAGAGCUGCUGGUCGAGCUUUGACUAAUGCAAACUAUGGGAGUAGCUUCACCAAACAGUACCAGACCUUUGAAUUUCACAAAAGUCCAGGGGCCAAAUACUCUUUUGUUUUCAAUGACAUCAUGGGCUUUGAGCAAGAUUCUGACGGUGGAGUCCCUGUGGAGGACGUCAAACUGGCCCUGAGAGGACACGUGAAAGGAGGUUACACGUUCAACCCUGACCAAGAACUGACGGAGGGUGAUGAUGGCUACAACUCCGAUUCCACUUUGGAAGACAAAGUUCACGUUCUGGUGUGUGUUGUUCAUGCAGACGCAGUGUCUAGGUUAAGUGAUGAGAUGGUGAAGAAGAUUAGAAAGGUCAGAGAGGCAGCCAGUGAACUGAGAAUUCCCCAACUGGCUAUUAUCACCAGAAUUGAUGAAGCCUGUCCUGAGGUUAAAAAGGACACAAGCAAUAUCUAUAAGAGCAAGUACCUGAAGGAAAAGGUUGAAAGAUUCCGCCUGCUGCUGGCCCUCCAAAUGAACUGCAUCUUCCUUGUGAAGAACUACAAUGAUGAAAUUGAGUCAAAUGACAAAGUGAACGCUACGAUACUGUGUGCACUGAAACAGAUUGUUUUGUAUGGAGAAGACUUCCUCAACGACCAGUAAACAUGAAUUCCCCUGAGGCAAAAACACAGUAGGCGAUUUGUAGGCUAAUGAGGAAAUUUUCAGCCAAUUUUUACUGUUUUUGUCAAGCAGGCAAGAUUCAACAUAAACCCCUUCAUGUAAAUAUUAACAAAUCCCCUGCUGCAGUGGUUCCCAAACUUUUUAUAGUCCCGUACCCCUUCAGACCUUCAAUCUCAAGCUACGUACCCCCCCGUUUUUUUUUCAUGUUUGUACCUGCCGCCGCCGAUUACAUUUCAUGUCUAUUUAUAGCUCAGUUUGAAAAUGUAAUGGGCUUUUUCACUUUGAAAACACAAAUCAAAUUUUCUCCCUGCGUACCCCCUGAACCACUUCACAUACUCCAGUUUGGGAACCGAUGCCAGACUGCAAUUAAACGAUUGAAGCAUAAAUCAUGGUUUGCAUUCAAAUUUUAAAUAAUGCACUCUGCACUCUGCAAUGCGAAAAUUUAGACAUAUAAAUAAAAAAGUUCUUGUGAAAGAAAUAAUCAUAUGAAUAAAUACAAAACAUGUUCAAUUACAGUAAAGUUACACAGUUACAGUUAUAGUGGGAACUUUGGGUUUCUCUAUAGUUUCUAAGGUCUUGAUAUUUUUUAUAAUCUAUAAUUGCUUAUUUAUGAUUUGAUUCUUUAGACAAAUAAAAUCAAAUUGAAGUUACAGUAUAUGUACUAGUACAUAUACAUAAACAUUACAGUAUAUAUGUUUUGAAGGGUAAAAUAAUCCUGGAGACUUUUAUAAUCCAGCAAUUUUUUGUCUUGAGAUAAUCCUAAAUUAAUUUAAGGUAAUUGUUAUUAAUUUCGAAAUCUUGUUUGUUAAACAUCUGUUACAAAAUUACUAAACUUCAACUGUUUCAUUCCGUAAU